CACGGGCAGACGGCACUUCGUGGUUGGCUGUAGUAAUAAGAGGUGGAGUCAUAGUCGAUGGUUUGUAUGAGCCCUGCAUGUUUUUAACUGGCCAUAUGGAGUAUGGAUGCAGAGUUGAGGACGGUAUGAGAUGGUUGUACGUUUAUUUGGUGCGUCGGUUGCUUGCAGUUUUAUGGAUUGCAACGUUUCUUAUUGGUAUUACAGUUUACUCCUUGAGUAAGUACAAUAAUGCAGUGGACCACGAAAUCCAGUUAAAUUUCGAAAAUCUGUUACACAGGUUGCAAGAGGAUGUGAGGAGGGUUUGUCUUAUUUCCUUUCAGCUUAUGUGAUUCAAAAAAUACAUUCCAUGUAUACACUUACAUCACAUUUAUCUAUCCUUCCUUGUUCGAGCUUUUCUCUUGAGACCUACCGUGCAUGUUACAUCUUUUCGACGUGGACUGUAUAGUUCCAGACACUGUGGGUCUGCCAGUUUCUUGUGGUUUUCAUGGAUUUCUGUAACAAAAUAAGCAGUUUAGACCCAAAUGUUGCUAAAGGAUCGCGUUCGAGAAUGUUAUCUAUCUAAUAAUUUGCCAAAGUUCUUGACUAAUGAUUCGAAGGAAUUGGCACUACCGCUACCAACAGUUGUUGACUUUCUGCCUCAUCUGUAUACUGUUCCAAACAACGCAUUGCGUCCUGCACUAAUUUACCCAAAUAAUUUCUCAAGGAUGACAAAGACAGAUCUUGUUAUUGGCAUACCAACAGUUGCUCGCCGCAAUCACUCUUACUUGAUACCGACGCUGCAGUCAGUGAUUGGAGGAAUAGCGAGCAGUGAAAUUAAGAUGGUUUCCAUUAUUGUUCUAAUUUCUGAUGGCAAAGGUUCCAAUUCUUCAUUCGUAAAAUAUCAGUGCACUUCAUUACAAUCAGAAUUUCCUCAUGAAUUGAACUCUGGAUUGCUAACAGUUAUUGUUCCACCUAGUGAGUGGUAUCCUGAUUUAUAUUCCGUCACUCCCACUUUUAACGACUCUCCAGAGCGAAUGUAUUGGCGUACGAAACAGAAUCUAGAUUAUAUAUAUUUGAUGCUAUACUCUCAGCAGCGAGGUGAAUAUUAUUUACAACUAGAGGAUGAUGUGCUCGCAAAAGCUGGAUAUGUCAGUCGCAUCAGAAAGUUUAUUGAUGGAAGAGCAUCCGAUGAUUGGCUCAUGCUUGAGUUUUCAUCUUUGGGCUUCAUUGGAAAACUUUUUCGAACUUCCGAUCUCACAUUAUUAUUGCAGUUCAUCGCAAUGUUCCAUAAACAGAAACCAGUGGAUUGGUUGUUAGAUUUGCUGUUUAUAAAUCGAUAUUGCAAUCCGGGGAAUUCCACCAAGCAUUGUGCUGAGACUGUGAAGCAGCACCGUAUACGUCAUCGACCCUCUCUUUUCCAGCAUAUGGGUGUUCAUUCUUCGUUGGCAGGUAAAAUACAGAAAUUACGGGAAAGAGAUUUCGGUAAGGCACAGUUUUAUAUACCACAUCGUGAUAAUCCUCCUGCUAAGAUCACCACAACGCUCAAAACUUAUAUGCUAUUCGAUAUUGAAAAUGCUUAUACCGGCAGCAACUAUUAUUGGGCUUUUGCUCCAGUCGCUCAGGACUACAUAUUAUUCGACUUUUAUUCUGCAAUUGCUCUGAUUGGUAUUGUUAUUCGUACCGGUAAUCCCGAACAUCAGGAUGAUAUAUUGAGUGAAAGUGCAGAAGUGCUACUGAGGAAAGUGAAUGAGGACAGCUUCAUCUCUAUAGCCCGCUUCAAUGAGCGUGGUACAGUACGGGUCGAUUUCACUGAGAGCAUCAGAGUUAAUUCAUUGAAAAUCGAAAUUCAUGAGGGAAGCUCCAAUUGGCUCAUCAUCAAUGAAAUGCAUAUCAUUGUAGAAUAAGGUUGUCGUAUGACUCAUCUUUUUGAAUAUUCUAUAAAGCAGCUGCAGGCACAUACUUUCUUAUUUAGAUGCUAACAGCAGUGUUUUUUUUAGUAUUUUAUUUACACAUCUGUAUUUGAUCUACGCGAAUUGCUCUGAUUUCAUUAUCUUUCUGGAUUCAUCUUUAAGUUAAGCAGUGAUCUAUUUUUUACGAUUCGAGUGGAAGGAAUUACACUGAAUACUAUGGAGUGAAACGAAAGAGUCCCAGGUGAAUAAAACUGCCUAUUGGGCUCUUUCUAGCGUGUUUUUUGUGCAGGGAAUUGUUUAUUUUGUAAAAUAGAACACGUAUUAUGUGAUGUGUUGCAUUCACGAAUUGAUGGUGCUUGAUCAUGGCUUCAUAGAGACGUUAAGUAUAAAUUAUUCAGAUAUAUGUAUUUUGUGAGCUUGGUACAGAGGUUAAAAUGUAUAUUGUUUCUCUUAUGCUACUGCAGAUAAUGUUAAGCAGUGGUGCAUUAUGUUCGCUCGAUUGCGUUAGUUUAUAGUGAUGAAAUGAUGUAUGCAAGUGUGCGGUACUCUUUCAUACAUUUUUACUGUCAGUAAAUUUUCAUCACAAUUCUGUUGUGCCUUUUUAACAACCAGUGUUACCUUCUUUACUUAUAC